GAUUUGGUGUCUGAUGAAGUUAUCGAUAACCAAUGUUGUGCCGCUGGAGUUUAGUGCAAUUCAGAAAAAUGUCCAUAAGAGCUGCGCUUAUAGAUCUUAGUGGUACCCUCCAUGUGGAAGAUGAGCCAACGCCUGACGCUGUUGUGGCGUUGCAAAGAUUGCGCAGCAGCGGCAUAAUCGUUAAAUUUGUAACAAACACCACAAAAGACUCGAAAGCGACGCUCUACGAGCGGCUAGUCAAAAUUGGCUUCCAACUGGAAGCCGCGGAAAUUUACAGCUCAUUGAGCGCGGCAGUUGCAUUUGUGUCAAAUGAAAAACUAAAUCCGUUCUAUUUGCUUACAAAUGAUGCACGCAAAGACUUUCCCGAAGAGGACCAAAGCCGGCCUCACGAUGCGGUCGUCGUAGGCCUGGCGCCCAAUGCAUUCGAUUAUGAGCACAUGAAUAAGGCUUUCAAUGUGCUGCUGCAGAAUAAAACGCACAAACUUGUGGCAGUGCAUCAGGGCAAGUAUUAUAAACGCGCGGAUGGCUUGGCCCUGGGACCAGGUUGCUUUGUCAAGGGAUUGGAGUACGCGACGGGCAGUACGGCAACGCUUAUAGGCAAACCAAAUUCCUACUUUUUCCAAAGCGCCCUGCCCGACGGCUUGAGAGCCGAGGAGUGCGUAAUGAUUGGUGAUGAUGCAAAUGAUGAUAUUGCGGGCGCCAUGCAAGUGGGUCUGCAGGGCAUACUCGUCAAGACAGGCAAAUUCUUGCCGGAUGCUCUGGCAGCGAUCUCACCGCCACCCACGGCUGUGGUAAAAAAUUUCGCUGAGGCCGUCGAUUGGAUAUUGUGCAAAAAGCAAGCGGUUGUUUUAUUACAGUUGAACUGGUGCCGGCACUUUAAUAAAUGCUCUGGCAAUUUGUAUAACAGAAAAUUGCAUUAUAACAGUUGGGUUGAGAUCUUAGCUCAAAUCCCAGGCUAGUGUGAGGCCAAAGGCAAGUGCUAUUCCAAAAAUUUAUACGUUUACUAUAUACUAUAGUAAUAGUAAUAAUUUAUCGCAAUCCCGGAUUUUAAAUAUUUUCGACAAGAUAUUUGUAAAAAACGAACCAGGAACAGAACCCAAACAAAGUCCAGUUUGUCAUCCGAACUUUUAAAAUUUUGUUUCUUUUCCCUCAAUUCGCAACAAUCU